CCCAUCUAGGUCCAUUCCAUACUACAACCCGUACAUGUUUAUUUCCCUGUGGUUUUGAUACCCACUGCUAGCUUUAUAGGUUCGCUGCAUGACGAUAGUCACAUUGCUCUGUCUCAGUCCUCCGAGUCCCCACAGUCCGCUCAGUCCACUUCGUCGUCUCAACCCUCCCCUCAAUUCUUACCUGCGCAGAGCGCCACUAUGGGCAAGAUCAGCGCGCUCCAGUUAGACAUGGCUAUUCCAACAACACGAUUGGGUCGCCUCAAAGAGUCUAUGGAAACCGAAUUGUUAACCUCAAGACCGCCGCAAGAGCUUAGUCAGAACCAACCCCGCUAAUCACUUAGCCAAAAGGCACGGUAUUGGCGCUUAGAAAUAUGAAAUUAUGAAGCAUCACAAGCAUACUACGUAGUUGCUGCCCUAGGGAAAUCUAUGCCGCUAGGAAUUGUUAGACAGUACCCCGAUCCUGGCCUUGACUGUUCAGGGCGGCGCGAGAAUCCACGCAUGUUUCAUCGUGUAGGGAGGGAACGACCGGGCUCUGUCGAUGCGGAGGCAUCUCCCCAAGAAGGUGAUGAGAGAGAAGCGGCGAAUACCAGCACUAUCCCACGACCUACCUCGUCUCCCCAUGCAAUAAGGGCGUACAAGCGAUGCGCGACCGACGAUCCGAUUCACGAGCAUAGCCGGCUGGGAGACACUGCUGACUAUAGUCGUGGCUGUGACACGGACGAAGAGCACGCCGUGGAUGAUGACCACGGAACAAGGUCGCCGAGACCGUCAUUAGGGCGACAGCAUCGAGGCAAGAUCCAGCGCAGACACCGGCCGUUCCAGUCAGAUGCUGCGAGGAACACUCGCACGCACGCUCGAGAUCAGCCGAUUCCACGCUUCUUGAGCAGUCCGCAUCCCGACUCCUCUGCACCGAGAAGAGACGAUAGCGGCCCACAGGACAGUGACAAGAGUGCACCCUUCGCCAUGGCCAGGAGUACUGUGGUCGACAUUUCUCUUCGUCCAACGCCGGGGGACACUUUCCUGGCAGCUACGAUGAAGGUCGAUGGCGAUAUGCAAGCAAUUUCUUGCGGCACGCUGCUUAAGCUAAUAGAGAAUAUUUUGGGCAACACAGCGAAGAUACACGACAUGACGCUCAAACCGCUUACAGCAGGCCAAUGGCUGCUAACCGGGUUCCUUCGCAGUCGUUACAUCAAUGCCGGCGUCACCACGCGGCACGAGUUCACACCAAAUCCGCGAAGGGAUACUACCGCCGCGACCACCAUUCCAAUGGCCAACCCUGUCGAUUCAGAGGAUGACAGCAGCGUGGGCAGGAGCGAUAGUAGCAUCAGCGACGAUGAUGUCAGCAAUGAGAAAUACAUUGACCAAGGUAUGGAUGGAGAAACGCGCCGUCGGUGGGCGCCUUUGGAGGAGCAGCGUCUGUUGGCUUACAGGGCCGACGGGAAGCCAUGGCCAUGGAUCUUUAGAAAGUUCCCCAACCGGACACCAGGUGCUGUGCGCGUCCGGUUGCACAUGUUACAACGGUCGCAGGAAGGAAAAAGCGAAUGAGGCAACAUAUCCACCUAGCAGGAGGACAACUCUUCGACGCGUAUUUUCGGGCCGGAAUCUCAUAAAACAACAACUCGCCUGUUAUUAGCAAGGCUGUCGGAAGUCGCUCUCAAUUU